AUGUUAAUGAUCUUUUUCACAUUUUUUUAUAGCGGUGAAAAAUUUCAAGCUCAUCUCAUCUCAUCUCAUCUCAUCGCACUAAUAGAAAGAAAAUCUGGUAAGAAUAGUCAAAUCAAAAUGGCUAGGAAAGGUAGAUCAGCUAUUUUACCGACUAAUAUUGUUCUGCUUCAGAACUUAGUCAAAAGAGAUCCAGGUUCUUAUCAUGAAGAGUUUUUGCAACAGUAUGCACAUUACGAAUCUCUAAGAGACAUAUUUAUGCUUAGUGGAAUUACUGGUGGUGAAUCUAAUGACAAGGACGGAUCCAUUAGUCGUAAUGUGGAACAGUUUUCAGAACUAAUAGGGUUUGUUGCCCAAGUUUGUUCAUGCUUCCCCAAGGAAACGGCUAAUUUCCCAGAAGAACUAAAGCAACUCAUUUUAAACCACCAUAAGCAACUUCCGUUUGAAUUGAAGGAAAGGAUCUUAACCUCUUUGAUGAUGUUGAGAAAUAAGAGUGUUAUCACUGCAGAACAGUUGUUACAAACAAUGUUCCCACUCUUAAUUGCAUAUUCUUCACAAGGUAAUACACUAUCUGUUAAUUCACAUGCAAAAGAACUUCGUCAAUUGAUCUAUAAAAAUUUGAUUGCACUUCUAAAGAGUUGUAACACCGGUUCUAAAAACCAAAAAUUAAACAGAUCAACCCAAGCUCUAUGUUUCAACCUUUUGGAUGAACCUGACAGUCAAGGAAUUUGGGCUACUAAAUUGACAAGAGAACUUUGGAGACGUGCUAUAUGGGAUGAUUCACGUUCCGUUGAAAUUAUGGUGCAGGCCGCCCUUCAUGAAGAUGUAAAGAUUGCCAUGUCAGGUGUAAUGUUCUUCUUAGACGCUGACAAAGAGCGUGAAUCAAAUUUUGAAGAAAAUUCAGAUUCUGAAGAAGAAGUGGACUUGGAGGGUAUAAGACAUAGAUUAAAGAUUAACAAAAAGACUGGAAGACGUGGUAAGAAAUUGAAGAAUGCCGUUAAAACUAUGAGAAAGAAGAAUAAAGAUGAUACUCAACAAGGUCAUGGAUAUUUGAACUUCAGUGCUAUUCACUUGUUAAGAGAUCCACAAGGAUUUUCAGAAAGUCUGUUCACCCGUCAUUUGAAUGGUAAAAACGCAAACAAGUUUUCUAUGGAGCAGAAAAUUUCACUAAUGCAAUUGCUCUCUAGAAUGGUUGGUACUCACAAACUGAUGGUUUUGGGUCUCUACACUUUUUUCCUGAAAUAUUUGACUCCUAAACAAAGAGACGUUACACAGAUUUUGGCAGCUUGUGCUCAAUCGUGUCAUGAACUGGUACCUCCAGAGAAUUUACACGUUAUGGUUCGUAAGAUUGCUGAUGAAUUCGUUUCAGAAGGUGUUGCCUCUGAAGUUGCAGCUGCAGGUUUGAAUACAAUUCGUGAAAUCUGUUCAAGAGCACCAUUGGCUAUUGAUGAAACCCUCUUGCAAGAUUUGACCGAGUACAAAAGUUCUAAGGCUAAAGGUGUGGCCAUGGGUGCUAAAUCUCUUGUGUCCUUAUACAGAGAAAUGGCUCCUGAAAUGUUAAAGAAGAAAGACAGAGGUAAGAAUGCUUCCAUGGAAGUACAAGAAUCUAAGCGUGAAGGUAAAAUUAGUAGAAGACCACAAUUUGGUGAGGAACGUGGUAAUGUGGAAGGUAUCGAAGGUAUCGAAUUACUUGCCCAAUGGAAAAAUGACCACGGCGAUGAAGAGGACGAUGAUGAAGCUAAUGAUCGUAACUGGGAAGUAGACGAAGAAGAAGGCAGCAGCGAUGAGAUUGACGGUGAGUGGGUCAGUGUGGAAAGUGAUAAAGAAUACGACGUGGAUAUGGAUUCAUCAGAUUCUGAGAAAGAUGACGAUGACAAGAAAAAGAAGGCAGAAGAGGAUGAGGAAGAUUCUGAUUUGGAUCUAAGUGAUAAGGAGAAGGAUGGAGCAGAGCAAGAAGAUGAACAAGAAGAACCAAAGACAACUAUGGAUCCAGAAGCUGCAUUCCGUGAACUAGCUUCCUCUCGUAUAUUGACACCAGCCGAUUUUGCCAAAUUGCAACAAUUGCGUACUGAAGAAGGUGUUCAAAAAUUGAUGGGGCUUCAAAAGCGUGGUCAAAACGAAGAACUUGUGGACUCUGCAGGCUUACUUGGUCCAAUCAAAUACAAGCAAACUCGUGAAGAGCGUUUACAAAGAGUUAUGGAAGGUCGUGAAGACCGUGAGAAGUUCGGUAGUCGUAAGGGUAAACGUGAAAAUCCACAUUCAACUACGAAUAGAGAAAAGGCUAGAAAGAAGAAUUUCAUGAUGAUGAUUCAUAAGAAAUCAGUUCAAGGUAAGAGGAAAAUGUCAUUGAAAGAUAGACAAACAAUAUUGAAAAAUCACGUCACCAAACAGAAGAAAAAGGGAUUCUGA